CUUAGACUCCGCCCCUCGUUCCUAUUGGUUAAACGGGGGACGUUCGGCUUUUAACAAGGGAGGGUCACGAGUGAAGCUGAAACCAUUUAUUUCGUCCAGCGUGUCACCUUUUCCAGGGAUGGACAGGCAUAGACGUGGGACGUGUCCUCUGGUGGUGUUCGCCAUCUGUUUCACAUCCGUUCUCGGCCGUCAGUCCUCCCUCCUCACCCAUCUCCCGUUUUUUUCCGUAUGGAACGCGCCAACGGAGCGCUGCACAUCUCGAUUUGGGGUCGAGCUGGACUUGAGUGUCUUCGACAUCGUGCACAACCAUGACCAGGCCUUCAUGGGUGACAACAUCACUAUCUUCUACUCGGAUAAGUUGGGAGAGUAUCCUUACUAUGGUAUUGGCGGUGAACCAGUGUUUGGAGGCGUUCCUCAAAACGCCAGCCUGGACCAGCACCUCUGGAAGGCCGGCGGCGACCUGAGGACUGACAUCCCAGAUCAGGGAUUUCACGGGCUGGCUGUCAUCGACUGGGAAAAGUGGAGGCCUCUGUGGGAACGUAACUGGGACGCUAAGGAAAUCUACUGGAAUGGCUCCAGGGCUUUAGUGAAAGCCAAACAUCCUACUUGGAAGCCGGAUCAGAUAGAAAAGGAAGCCGUGAGUGAAUUCGAGGACGCUUCACGGGCCUUUAUGGAGGAGACGUUGAAACUGGGCCGGAGAGAGCGUCCUGGAGGGUUAUGGGGGUUUUAUGGCUUCCCCUGCUGCUAUAAUUAUCAGUACAAGAAGAACGAGACGUACACCGGUGAGUGUCCUCCUUUGGAGAUGAAGAGGAAUGAUAAACUGGCCUGGCUGUGGAACGUCAGCUCGGCCCUGUACCCUGAUAUAUAUCUGGAUCUCGGACUCCGGGACCGCGGUCGGGAUAUCUUGCUGUACAGCCGCCAUCGGAUCCUGGAGGCCAUGAGGGUGAGGGAACAGACCACCCAUCGGCCUCCAUCUGUCUUCCCCUACGCCAGGAUCGCCUACACAUACUCCAUGGAGUUUCUCUCACAGGAGGACUUGGUGCACACUAUCGGUGAGAGCGUCGCUCUAGGAGCUGCUGGUGUCGUGCUGUGGGGAGAUGGAAACUACUCCCAAACAAAGAAGGCCUGUGUAGCGAUUCGGGACUAUCUUGACGAAACGCUGGGCCGUUACAUUGUCAACGUGACGGAGGCGGCAUUUCUCUGCAGUCAGACCGUGUGCACGUCCCGGGGCCGAUGUAUCAGGAGAGACCCGAGCGGUGCGGCCUACCUGCAUCUGGACCCAGCCGAAUGGUCCAUCGUUCCCAGAACUAAGCUGCCUGGGACUGUUACCAGUGGUCCGUCUUAUGUAGCUCGCAGGAGGUUCAGGACGGUUGAAGGAGAACGUGGAUUUGCAGCCAACUUCAGGUGCCAGUGUUUCCCAGGCUGGGAAGGAGAACAGUGCCAGAAACCAGUACCUAUAGAGACUUUUACAUGACAGAAGUUACUAGAAGAUGAUGGUGGAUAAAGCUCAGGGCGGGUCACUUGAAGCUUUCUGAAUUAAUAAACAAAAGGAACAACACCAAUACGCACUAACAUUACAGGGUGACUGUGCCUUAAGCAAAUGUACUUGAAGUAGUUUUAGAUAAAGUGUGUGCUAAAUGACUAUGUGCUUCCAUGCUUGCUAGCUAAACUUUAUAAUA